CCUGUGUGUGUGUGUGUGUGUGUGUGUGUGUGAGAGAGAGAGAGAGGACUGCAGCAGCAGACACACUGAGGAAGAAAACGACAGGCUGGGUGGUCUGACAGAUCGACACUUGACAAUCAAGACAUGUGGCCCUGAGUCUUGUUUGCCAGGCAAAGCCUUUCCUUAAGCAAGAUGUCAACCACGACAGAAAAUGGGAUGGGAGGGCAAUGGAACACAAGCAGAGAGAAGACAUACAAGAAGACCACGUCAUCAGCCUUGAAGGGAUCCAUUCAGCUGGGUAUUGGCUACACAGUGGGCAACCUCACCUCCAAGCCCGACAGAGACGUGCUUAUGCAAGACUUCUAUGUAGUGGAGAGCGUCUUUCUGCCGAGCGAGGGAAGCAACCUGACCCCAGCACAUCAUUAUCCUGAUUUCCGCUUCAAGACCUAUGCUCCGCUGGCCUUCCGCUACUUCAGGGAUCUGUUUGGCAUCAAACCAGACGACUACCUGUACUCGCUGGUAAAUGAGCCUCUCAUUGAGCUGGGCAACCCGGGGGCUAGUGGCUCUCUCUUCUACCUAACCAGCGAUGACGAGUUCAUUAUUAAAACCGUCCAGCACAAAGAGGCCAAGUUUCUCCAGAGGUUGCUGCCGGGCUACUACAUGAACCUGAACCAGAACCCUCGCACACUGCUGCCCAAGUUCUACGGCCUGUACUGUAUCCAGUCUGGAGGCAUCAACAUCCGACUGGUGGUCAUGAACAACGUGCUGCCUCGCUCCGUCAAGAUGCACUACAAGUACGACCUGAAGGGAUCCACGUACAAGAGACGGGCGUCCAGGAAGGAGAGGGAGAAGUCGUGUCCCACGUACAAAGACCUGGACUUUGAGGACAUGCAUGAGGAGGGGCUUUACUUUGACCCCGAGACAUAUAAUAACCUCAUGAAGACCCUGCAGAGAGACUGUCGGGUUCUGGAGAGUUUUAAGAUCAUGGACUACAGUCUGCUCCUGGGCGUGCACGUCCUGGACCAGAGUCAGAGAGAGGGGGGCGAGUCGGGCCAGGCGGGGGGCGACGGCAGGAGACCUGUGGGUCAGAGGGUGCUUUACUCCACCGCCAUGGAGUCCAUCCAGGGAGACGGCAAAGCAGCCGAGGCUCUGAGCACAGACGACACGAUGGGUGGCAUCCCUGCCAAAACACACAAAGAAGAAAAGCUGCUCAUCUUCCUGGGUAUCAUCGAUAUCCUGCAGUCAUACAGGUUCAUUAAAAAGUUAGAACACUCGUGGAAAGCCCUGGUGUACGAUGGCGACUCUGUCUCGGUGCACCGGCCUGGCUUUUAUGCCAGCCGCUUCCUCAAGUUCAUGAGCACACGGGUCUUCAGGAAGACUCAGCCACUUCGAUUUUCUCCUUCAAAGAGGACACGCACUUCCAUCCCGGCUCUGAAGUCGUCCUCUCAGGAGAUCCUUUCAUCGCAGACGGAUGAGAGGAAUGAGGAGGACAGGAGGGACAGGCUGGGAGGAGCCCGCAGCCUCGCCAGUCUGGACGGACAAGCUGUGUUCGGCUCCUAUCUGCGCCCUGAUCUGGUUCCUGUCGACGUGUCCUUCUACGAGGGUUCCUCCAUGGGAACCAUCUCCACCUCCUCCAUCUUUGUCAGCGUGGACAACCAAACAGACGAGAGAGAUGACGCCGCGUCCAGCUCGACGUUCACCCUGGAGGACAGCGCCAUUUGUCUCACGUCAGAGCAGAGCACGAUGGACGUGGACAUAGACCGCGACGAUGGAUCUGUUCUCGACGUCUACUUGUGAAACAAGCCGCAUUGCAGCCUUCAUUCCCACGUGCCAAUCAUGAGACAAUCGCCGCACACCAUUGGGACAAGGCCACACCGGCCUUUAACUUCACCUCCUGUGCUGCUAAAUCUGUGUUGCCACUCGUCUCGCCAAGACACACAAAAAAAAGACUUGAGAUUCUCCACAGAAUGAAGGGAGUAAGAGAAGAUACAAUGGGGGACACAGUGACGGACAUCCGGCGGGAACCGUGGGAAACAUCAUGCAAUGAACCCGACGGUCACGUGGUAGACUAGAGCAACAAAAAAAUGCUCCGUGCAGUGCCAUCGAGUUUUAUAUAACCUGUUUUCAAGGCAUUUCAUGACAUUUAAUAUGAGACGUUACGAGGUCGUACAUGUCAUUACGAAUCCUGUUCUCUUUCUGCUGACCCUGAAAGAAACGAGAGACACCUUCAGAGGAGAGGAAUGUUUACAGUAAGUGUUGCGACGGCGACAACGUCACACAAAGGACACACAGCAGCCAACCAGGAACAGACGUGAGCUACUGAGGCCAAAACACAGACUUGGACGUGUGUCUCUCGUUAUUCCUGCUGCUCUGACGUGAACCUGAAGCUCCGGUGAAGGGCCGCUGUAAACUCGACAAGUGACAAAACACAGGUUACUGGCUCUUGGAUGAAGCACAGAGCGAGUGGACAAGACACUUACUCUGCAUAAUAAAGGCACUUUUGACAUUAGUUGUGAUUACUGUUAGAAAUAUUUAGCCUCUGAGGACAUUGCUCAGGCAGGUGUGUGAAGAAGCACUUUCCACCCCCCCUCUCUUUUUACUCGACAAAUUCACACCUCUUGUCAGUCACUGAUAAUUACGACAUGUACAGAGACAACGAAGGGACAUCGUAGAUCUUUUUUUUCCCCCCGAUGUGGAGCUUCUAGUUUUUGUGUCGCAACUGAAGACGCUUUUACUCAGGAUCCUUUGAUAUUGAAUCAGCACGUCUUCUUCUUCUCGAGAAGUUAGGAAACGCGCAUCCAACACUUUAGAGGCCGCCUGAUACCUCUUCAUCAUCGAGUCCAUAUCCAACUAUAAAUGUCGAAACAAAGCCCAAUCACAAUCACAUGUCAGUUGAGCCCAUAAUUUAUGUAAAAAUCUAUAUAUUUUACCAUUUGCUGAAAGACAACUUUCAUCGCUGAAUGUAAAGACAAUGCAUAUUUAUAUAUAGAAGAGACCCAUAUAAAUAAACUGCUCAAAUUCUGUG